AUGAUCCCUAUUCACCACUUGCCAAGUAGCAAUCCUGCCCCACCAACCCGGGAGAACCACUACGUUCAGCGCGAGCGUCCGCUUUCCUUCCAGCCUCGUUUUCAGGAAAACAUCACUCAUCCCUUCAAUAACUAUGGCUUCCCAGAGCCAGGCAUCCAGUCCCCAAGCGCUCGCCAAGUUGUAGCAAAAGAUUUCCUCAUCUCAGACGAGACAUGGGAAGAUCUCCGGAGGAGUGUCCCAGACCUCGACUUUAUUGUUGUAGGAUCAGGCUUGACGGCCCUCGCAUUUAUCGAACGAACGUUAAAAAGGGACCCACGAAAGAAGAUUCUUUGUCUCGAACGAGGAGAUUUUUGGCUCCCUGAUCACUUCCAAAACCUGCCGCUCCCCUUCAAAUACACUCUUGGCGGCCCGAGUGAAACAUUCCCUUUUACUUUGUCCAAACAGACCUACGAGAGCGACAUCAAAUUUGUCCACGGCUCUUGCCCUUUCUUUGGCGGUCGUUCGACCUUCUGGUCUGCUUGGUCUCCAAGCCCAACUGCUGCGCUGAUGCGCAACUGGCCAAACUCUCUCGUCACAACUGCACAGAAGCCAAGAUUCUUCAAAGAUGCGACUAAACUUUUACGAGUCACGAAGGCCACAGACAUUGGUCCACCGUAUGGGAAGCUUCAAUGCCAGAUCGACCAGCGUUUGCAACCAGCAGUCGCCAAGGCAGAUAUAUUGUCAGCGCAAGAGGUGUAUCCUGCGCCCAUGGCAGUCGCAUCCACUGCGAAGACAACAACCAUUCAUUUUACCAAAUUCUCUACGCCUGGCCCGCUUCUAUCCCUGUACGAGCAGCAGCAGAGGCAUGUGCGGGCUGGCACCGGCGCCCCACUUCUUUUCGCAACGGAGACUGCUGUGCAAUACCUCGGCGUUGAUGUCGGAUUCCCGCCUCCCCUUCCUAGUUUCGAUGAUGAGGUGUCUGUCAAAUUUCUGCGCACGUCUCGUGGGGAUCUACCAAUAGCGAACAAGACGAAAAUCAUCCUUUGUGCCGGAGCAUUUCCGAACACGACGCUGCUGCUCAACAGCUUUCGGAACAACAAGUAUAUUGCAGGAUCGGCUGGGAAAAUGGUGACGGGCCACUUCCAGACCCAUGUUGUCGCUCGUGUGAAGAGGAGCGCUUUCUGCGACCUUAACCAGGAGAGCAUCGAGAUCGGAGCGGAAUACGUGGCUGGUCAGCAUCCAACCUCCCAUCUACAGUAUCACGUCCAGAUUACCGCUGUCGCUUCGCCUGAUCUAAAGCAGGAUGCCGAAGAUGCUGCUCGUUUUUGUCCAGAUUUUGCUGGCACAGCCAGUGAAGAGCAACUUCAUGGGUCAGAAGAGUAUGUCAUCUUUGUGUGCGCGACGCUCGGUGAGCUCAGUGAGAACAACAAAAAUUCUUUCUUCCGUUUGUCGAACCAGCCCUUGAGCGCGGACCCCACAUCCAACUGUGACCUACAAGUCAUGCUUGACGAGAAGGACUAUGAGCUGUGGGACCAGAUGGACGAAGCGACUUUUGACGCCAUCAAGGUGAUGGCUGGUGACGAAAAACAUCAAGUCCAAUGGUGGCAUCAGCCAAAGCCUGGGGACAAGCCUGGCGCCUGGAAGACAGAGAUUCCUGGCAGAGAGACGAUUAGGAUGGAGGGCAUUGUGCAUGAAGCAUCGUUGCUGCCGCUUGGUGAUGGCGAUGAAUGCUGCGUCGAUAGAGAUUACAGGGUCAAAGGGGUUUCAAAUGCGUAUGUCACUGGAGGAGCGAUCUUCCCAACGUCUGGCUCAUGGAAUCCCACCUUGACGAUGUGUGGGUUUGCGCAAGAUCUCGCAAGAAAGCUAACUGCCCGCAAAGCAGCAGGGCCUGGUCAGAAGCAAACGAGGAAUGCAGUUUUUGAGCAGCGGUUUGCAUGUGACGGCGACGUGUUGGCAUCAGACAGUGACGGAGAUGACUGA